AAACACCAUCACCUCUCUUGGUAUCCAUUAAGAAGAUAGUAGCUGGCUUCUUUUCUUUGACGACAAGCUAAAUUCUCUGGCAUGACCCGCGAAGGCGAUGGGCCAUCAGACGUCAACGGCGAGCGGCGACGAACGUGGGUAUGCCUUGUGUCGUUGAGCUCGAGCCGGAAAAAACCCACAUCGUCUAUUCCUCUUUGGAUUUUCAGCAAGCCUCUCUGACAUUGUGACUCAGCAAAAUAUUAAUUUCCUGCUAAAUUUAAGCCGGAAUGCCGGCAAGUGAAUUUAUUUUCGUCAAACUCCUCUUUCUUCUUUCAUCUGUGUGACUUCCACUUCAUGCUCUGUAUAUACAUAACUUUUCAAGCCCUUUUGAAGCUUUGUUCACUACCUAGAUCUUGUAAAUCUCGGUUCAUUAGUCAAUUUCACAUUUCUGAUUAGCGUAUAUCAGACCAAAUACUUUUAUUUUCUUUAUUUUGGUAUUAUUAAUUUGAUGCAGUGAGACUGAUAUUAUUUUGAUAUGCCUACCUCUUAGAAACGUGUUCAUAUUGCUUACUCAUAAAAAAAACUUCUGAAGCCAAAUGUAACCUCCAAGAGACGAGACUGUUUUCAAGUUAUGCCUUUGAAGAUGAAGAACUAGCAGAAGAGUUAUAUUUUUUUGGUAGAAGAGAGUUAUAUACUUUGGAGAUAAACCUGCGGCAAUUAUAUAUAAACUUGCUGCAGUUUUUUGAUGAUAAGAAGAGUUUCCCCCCGGAAUAAUGCUAAUUAAAUAAAUAAUUCCCAGAAAAGCCGCCAUUUCGAGUGGCGACUCAUUAAUUCGCAGAAAACAUCCCCUUCUUCCCAGCCGACGAACACAGAGAGAAAACACCCCCUUCCCUCUGCACGAACGAUCAACGACGAACAGCGAGCGAUUCGAAUUCCGGCCGGAACGCCUCCAAACGAAGCUCAAAUCAAACGCAAAAGAGACACGGUGUACCCGAGGUCAUUUGUGCUCCAUUCUACCGCCUUUUAAACGUUUGAAUCGAGGGAAAAGAGACACGGUGUACCCGAGGUCAAUUGUGCUCCAUUCUACCGACUUUCAACCGUUUCAAUCGAGGGACGGUCGUGCAUUGGUACCCACCUCUUUCAGAUGGCUAUUUGCUCAUGUCACACGCACGUCACCCGCUGCUGGAUUAGGAUACUACCGAGAUGCUUUAGAUCACAUGUGUGAUGAUCAGAUUACAUGGAUGCCGUACACUGAUGAGAUUCUAGGACUGAUACCUCCUGUUGCCCGAGAGCACACAGAGAUAUGGCGAGCAUGUGUGCCCUUGAUGUGUUUUGAUGUAGUGGAGCAUCACUUUCCUGAUCGCGUACUACGACAGUUCGGGUUGCAACAGACACGGGUUUUGCGUAGCAUCCAUGACAGAACGACUGUUGUACUUGAUGAGGCGGUAGAUAUACAGGUUCUUCUCAGACAGUCCGACGUGAUAGAGUUGUUCUCCAGCCUCGUAACCAGCGCAGACGCCCCACGAGCACAGCCACAGCCACAUGAACUUCAUGAUGAUGAUGAUACGUUGACUUAUGAUCUUUUUAUUUAUAUUAUUGUGUGAGAGUUAUAACAUGCACUGGCAGAUCGAAUCAUUUUGUGAAACACCCGAU